ACCACGUGACGGCCUGAGGCAGGGCGGGAGGGCACCACUAAGGGGGUGUGAGGAGGGUAGUGACCCUCCUCGUCCAGCGGCUUCUUUCUGUGCUCCUCCCAACGUGCAAUUACAAAAUAGUGAGCGCCUCGGAGUUCCCCCUACGAGUGCGGGCAGUGCCAGUGGACGCUGACAGCAGGCUAGCUGGGCUGCCCGCGGCCGGCUCUGUGUUUGUCAUUUCAGUCAGGUCUGUGCAGCCAGCCGGUCCUCCCCCUCCUCAUCCUGCUCACCACUCCCUCCUCCCUCCCCCAUCACUUCUCCAGCUCCUGCCGCCUUCAGUCUGCGUGUGAGGGAGAGAGCGGCCGGCGGGGGAGCCGGGGGACACCAUGCUGUGAUCAGGCGCCUCCUCUCUCCCCCACAACUAGACCUCCACCUGCAUCGCCGCCUCCUCCUCGUCCAGUGCAUCCUGGAUACCGUCACAUGAAAUGAUGCAGAAGUUUACCAUGGAGCAGUAUUCACGACAUAUUGGUGGAAGUCCCCUUUGAGUUCCUUUUUUGGACACCCCUUUAACAUGAACUUGGCAUAAAGUUCUUACCAAGGAUUGUUUCAUCAGUUUGGCUGAAGACCCUGCUGGAUUUCCCGAAUCUGUCUGUUCCUUUGACUGCUCCAAGGGAUUGUCUGUGGCAAACAUGGCAAACAAUUCAGUUGCAUAUAGUGGGGUCAAAAACUCCAUAAAUGAAGCAAAUCAUGGUGGUGACUUUGGGAUCACGGUGGAAGAGCUUCGAGCUCUUAUGGAAUUGAGAUCAACGGAUGCAUUACAGAAAGUCCAAGAUUGUUAUGGAGAUGUCUAUGGUAUUUGUAGUAGGUUGAAAACCUCACCGCACGAAGGUUUGAGUGGAAGUCUGGCAGACCUUGAAAGGAGGCAAGAAGUAUUUGGAAAGAAUCUUAUACCUCCUAAAAAGCCAAAAACAUUUCUUCAGUUAGUAUGGGAAGCACUACAGGAUGUAACAUUAAUUAUAUUAGAAAUAGCAGCCAUAAUCUCUCUAGUCCUUUCUUUUUACCGUCCCCCUGGUUCGGAUAAUGAAUUGUGUGGAGCAUCCACUGGUGCUAUAGAGGAGGAAGGAGGUGAAGCAGGUUGGAUUGAAGGAGUUGCGAUCCUUGUGUCCGUUGUAUGUGUGGUGUUGGUAACUGCUUUCAAUGACUGGAGUAAAGAAAAACAGUUCAGAGGACUGCAAAACCGAAUUGAACAAGAGCAAAAAUUUACAGUCCUGCGGGGAGGUCAAGUUAUCCAGAUCCCAGUGGCUGAUAUCGUUGUUGGAGACAUUGCACAAAUCAAAUAUGGUGAUCUGUUGCCUGCUGAUGGAGUUCUUAUUCAGGGGAAUGAUCUUAAGAUUGAUGAGAGUUCGUUAACUGGAGAAUCUGAUCAUGUUAAGAAGACACUGGAGAAGGACCUUCUGCUGCUUUCUGGUACACAUGUUAUGGAAGGAUCGGGAAAAAUGGUUGUCACUGCAAUUGGAGUGAAUUCUCAAACUGGAAUUAUAUUCACUUUACUUGGGGCUGGAGAAAAUGAUGAAGAGAAAGAAAAGAAGGAAAAGAAAAGCAAAAAACAAGAUGGCACCAUUGAAAAUCGUAACAAAGCAAAAGCUCAAGAUGGCGCAGCUAUGGAAAUGCAGCCCCUUAAGAGUGAGGACGGUGUUGACGGAGAGGACAAAAAGAAAUCAAAUUUGCCAAAGAAGGAAAAAUCUGUUCUGCAAGGAAAACUUACUAAAUUGGCUGUUCAGAUUGGCAAAGCAGGUUUGGUGAUGUCUGCAAUAACGGUCAUCAUCCUUGUUCUGUACUUUGUGAUCGACAAUUUCUGGGUUCAGAAGCGCCCCUGGUUGGCGGAGUGUACACCAAUCUAUGUCCAGUAUUUUGUGAAGUUUUUCAUCAUCGGAGUAACUGUUUUGGUAGUAGCCGUGCCAGAAGGUCUUCCACUUGCAGUAACCAUUUCUCUGGCUUACUCUGUUAAGAAAAUGAUGAAAGAUAAUAACUUGGUCAGGCAUCUGGAUGCUUGUGAAACCAUGGGAAACGCUACUGCAAUCUGUUCAGAUAAAACUGGAACGUUGACUAUGAACCGAAUGACUGUUGUCCAGGCUUACAUGUAUGAGAAACAUUAUAGGAAGAUUCCUGAUCCAGAGUCCAUCCCGGAGAAUGUGCUGCAGCUCCUUAUAACUGGGAUUUCUGUCAACUGUGCUUACACCUCCAAAAUCUUGCCUCCUGAAAAAGAAGGUGGCCUACCACGCCAUGUCGGGAACAAAACUGAAUGUGCCUUGCUGGGAUUUAUUUUGGAUCUAAAACGGGAUUAUCAAGAUGUCAGAAAUGAGAUCCCUGAGGAAACCUUAUUUAAAGUGUACACUUUUAAUUCUGUAAGAAAAUCGAUGAGCACAGUGUUAAAAAACAAUGAUGGCAGUUACCGAAUGUUCAGCAAGGGUGCCUCUGAGAUUGUCCUCAAAAAGUGCUUCAAAAUUAUGAGUGCAAGUGGUGAAGCCAAAGUCUUCAGACCGAGGGAUAGAGAUGAUAUGGCUAAAAGCGUGAUCGAGCCAAUGGCAUCUGAGGGCUUGAGAACAAUAUGUUUGGCUUAUCGAGAUUUUCCUGCAGGAGAACCUGAGCCUGACUGGGAAAAUGAAAAUGAUAUUUUGAGUGGACUCACCUGUCUUGCUGUGGUAGGGAUUGAAGACCCUGUCCGACCAGAGGUACCGGAUGCCAUAAGAAAAUGUCAGCGUGCAGGCAUUACCGUACGUAUGGUCACAGGGGACAACAUAAACACGGCCCGCGCCAUUGCCACAAAAUGUGGAAUUCUUCUCCCUGGAGAGGACUUCCUGUGCGUAGAAGGAAAAGAAUUCAACCGGAGAAUACGGAAUGAAAAAGGAGAAAUUGAGCAAGAACGAAUAGAUAAACUUUGGCCGAAGCUUCGUGUACUGGCUAGAUCAUCUCCAACUGAUAAACAUACAUUAGUGAAAGGUAUAAUUGACAGCACUGUCUGUGAGCAAAGGCAAGUGGUAGCAGUAACUGGUGAUGGGACCAAUGAUGGGCCUGCGCUAAAGAAAGCAGAUGUUGGAUUUGCCAUGGGUAUUGCUGGAACAGAUGUUGCAAAAGAAGCGUCUGAUAUAAUUCUCACAGAUGACAACUUCAGCAGCAUUGUAAAAGCCGUGAUGUGGGGAAGAAAUGUGUAUGACAGUAUUUCAAAAUUCCUCCAGUUCCAGCUUACCGUCAAUGUAGUCGCUGUCAUUGUAGCCUUCACAGGAGCGUGUAUCACACAAGACUCGCCACUUAAAGCUGUGCAGAUGUUGUGGGUUAACCUUAUUAUGGACACUUUUGCAUCACUUGCUCUGGCAACUGAGCCCCCAACCGAAUCUCUGUUGUUGAGAAAACCCUAUGGAAGGAACAAACCUCUCAUAUCCCGUACAAUGAUGAAAAACAUCUUAGGUCACGCGGUCUACCAGUUAGUUGUGGUCUUCACUCUUUUAUUUGUGGGGGAAAAACUAUUUGAUAUUGACAGUGGGCGAAAUGCUCCUCUUCAUGCCCCUCCAUCCCAACAUUACACCAUCGUGUUCAACACCUUUGUGAUGAUGCAGCUAUUUAAUGAAAUCAAUGCAAGGAAGAUUCACGGUGAAAGGAAUGUCUUUGAAGGGAUAUUUAACAAUAUCAUCUUCUGCAGCAUUGUAUUAGGUACAUUUAUCAUACAGAUCGUUAUUGUGCAGUUUGGUGGAAAGCCUUUUAGUUGUACAGAACUGACAGUAGAUCAAUGGCUGUGGUCAGUUUUCCUGGGUAUGGGAACAUUGCUCUGGGGCCAGCUGGUAACAACAAUACCAACCAGUCGUUUAAAGUUCCUCAAGGAAGCAGGUCAUGGAACACAUAAGGAUGAGAUACCAGAAGAGGAGCUUGCGGAGGAUGCGGAAGAGAUUGACCAUGCAGAAAGAGAGCUACGUCGUGGUCAGAUCCUAUGGUUCAGAGGCCUGAACAGAAUCCAAACCCAGAUGGAUGUAGUGAAUGCUUUCCAAAGUGGAAGUUCCAUUCAGGGGGCUUUAAGGCGGCAACCCUCCAUCGCCAGCCAGCAUCAUGAUAUUCGAGUGGUGAAUGCAUUUCGUAGUUCCCUAUAUGAAGGACUGGAAAAACCCGAGUCACGAAGCUCAAUCCACAAUUUCAUGACACACCCGGACUUUAGAAUAGAAGACUCUGAGCCUCAUAUUCCGCUCAUUGAUGACACCGAUGCUGAAGAUGAUGCUCCCACCAAACGUCACUCCUCUACUCCACCACCCUCUCCAAAUAAAAAUAACAAUGCGGUCGAUAGUGGAAUACAUCUUACAAUAGAACCGAACAAGUCAGCUACCUCUUCAUCCCCAGGCAGUCCACUACAUAGUCUGGAGACUUCACUCUGAUUGUAAGAUGAUUGUUAAGAUUCUAGCUGAUUUGCAAAGAACACUGGGUCCUUUUCACACAUUGCGGCAGGCAGGUGAGCGAGCCUGCCUUAUGGACUUCAAAUGAAGACACACUUGUAUGAAUGUAGAUUUAUUUUUUUAAGAAAAUGCUUUCUGCCAGACUGAGGGUGCUUUUCUCGGGAAGGAAAGGGAUGGGCUUAUUGGGAUGACCUCUGACUGAUAAAUCGUAACCCAGCAAAAGUGACCUGCAGAACGUCAGUUACACUAAACAAUCAUUGGCCUGGACAGUGUGUUAGCAAUGCUCUAGUUUAUAUUGAUCCUCGUUAUUAUUAUUAAUAUUAUUUCUGGGGCCCUGGGAUGUUCAUUUGAUUAUUUAUGUUAUAAAUGAUACAGAUCUGUUUACAAGGUUUAUAGAUAUUUUGUUCCUGUUCAUAGAAGGGAAGCUUCCUUAUAUAUGAUGACAAAGAAAAUGUCCUUUAAACACUGCUGUAUUUUCAAGAAAAAAGGGGUGUUUCUAUUGAAAUUGUUCAAAAUUCUUGCCUGCAAUUUACUUGUUGAAUAUUGUAGAUAAAGUUAAUAGCCAAAUAGAAAAAAAAAACACUAUAACACUAAAGCAUCAGACAAAAGUGAGCUGCAGUGUUAUACUGAAAAUGAUGGCCUCUCUCCUUAGUUUAAGAAAACUCGUUAUAUUCUUAAUGGUUUUCAAAUUAUGUAUUUUUUUUUUUUUACGUUGGAAAAAAAUGCUAAAGAACUUAUUGUUCCAAAGUUAAAUGGAAUUUGUGAAAUGCAGGACAUCAAUGUGUGACGGAUCUUGCUUGAAAUCCUUUUUGCUAUCUCCGUCAAAAUAUAUAAAAAUCAAAAUACAUCAAAAAUUAGUCUUCUUAAUUAUUUUUUUUUUGUUUGUCUAAACAUGUUAGUUUUAGAACUGUCUUGGUGAACUGUGAGUGGAACCGUGUUGAUUUUCUAAUAAAUCUUUAGAUGACCUUCAUACAGCUUGAGGGGCUGUUGGCAUUUUGGAAACAAAUACUACUAGGUAGUAGUACAGUCAUACAUGUUUUCCUUUUUGUUUUUGAAACUUGUUUGUAAACACAAUAAACAUGCCCUUUUAUUAAA